AUGUCCUCCAGACGCAAACAGUCGUCGCGUCGCGAGUCGAGUCGCGAGUCGAGUCGCGAUGAUCACUACCCUACUCGCUGGAGUAACUGGGAGUGGAGUAAAGAAUAUUCUCGCGACGCCCGAUACCGCGAGGUUUCUGAAGGCAAAUGGGAAUGGGAAUAUGCCGAACUACCCUCGACCGAGCCUCAAGGGCAUUUUGGCCAAGAAGUGGAACCUACGCCAUGGACUCCCCGUGGCGUGGAUCCUCACGGGACCUUGGACAGAAUCGAAGAGCAGAGCCCGCAUGAUGAGGAGCAACAAGCCGACCCAUCUGAAAACUAUUGUAUUGACAGUGGUGUUUCUGGUAUUACCCAAGGGAUGGCCAGCGCAACGAUUGACCCGCCCUACCAAGAGAGUUAUUAUGGUCGUGACGAGAAACGGAGUGGGAAAAGCUCCGCGCACUCAGAUGGCCGCUAUAGCCACGACAGGAGGACCAAAGAUAAAAGGGGAGAAACCGGUCGGGACCAUCAAAGUUAUGCCUCAGAGGACUAUGCGGACUCCCACGCAACUGGAUCUGCUCCAGACCAUUAUGUUGAUUAUGGGGAUUCCCAGUCGCAGAGAGUUCCAAUCCAGCAAUUUCAAUUCCCAACUUCACAAGCAGAACCGGCUCAAAGCUACGAUUCGGGGUAUCAAACUCCUCAACCUGCCAGCGCUCAGGGUUACAGUCCAUAUGGCCAGCAGUAUCAGGCGCCUCACACAACGCAAACACCAAUUUAUGGAUCACAAAGUUCUUCCUAUCGGCCGCAAACACAGGAGAGAAAUGUAUAUACGAAAGACCCAAACCGGAAGCAUGAUGAAUUAGACUCUAGGUUCACGGUUCACAGGUCAAGCGAAUUUGAAUUUGGAAAGGUUUUUAAGGUUCUCUGGUCUGAACCCAUGGGUGCCGGUGGAACAGAAAUUACGUCGCCGGUGAAAUACGGAGAGAAAGCCUUUCACAAGAUUCGACGUUUCUUAGUUGCCCAACCGAAAAAAGGGCAUUCAAUAUGCAUUCCCAUUUUGACCUACGGCCAGCAAGGAGUACUAAAGAAAGGUGUCCAUUCUGAGGACCACGCCGUUGUCUUCUCUUCCAGAAAGGCAGGGCCGUAUCUCCUCGAACUUGAGAAGGGCCUUAUGGCCAACAAGCCAAUCAGAAUCGACCUCAAAGAUCAGUCUCAGAAACUCGAUCCAUUAUCUAGACUGAAUUACGCCAAGAUAUACACGGUGGAGCACAAUGUCAAGGUUCUCUUCAUCGGCCGAGUUGCGAAAAACUACGAACAGGAAGUUAUUCGCGCUUUCAACGACGCACACCCCCCGCUUGGUCCUAGCCAGCACAAGUACCGCCCUGAUACUCCCGAACGAGCCACCAGUUACGCGCAGCAAAUUGACCCGGACUAUCCAAAUGCGAUGCCCAUACCGGCAGGGUCAGUUUCAACAGCGUGGAACGCAAGUAGUACUCAACAAUAUGAGUCUUAUCCUGCAGCGACCGGCGCCCAACAAUAUGGGUCUUCCUAUUCUGCAGCGACCAUGUACUCUCCGCCAGCAAACCAGCCAUACGGAAUCUCCUACAACUCCAAUCCGCAAAUGCCUCCGCCGGGACAACAGGACUCAUCUUCUGGGAGAAGAUACCACGAUCAGGAUUAUGAAGAAGACAUUUACGGACCGAAUUGA